AUCUAAACAGAGCACCUGCAAAAUACCACAUGACAACCUCUCAUUGGCUUAUACCCAUAUCCAACUGGUCCCACUUCGGAUUCCGCAAAAUCGACGUGUCUGGCUCAGAAAAAUCCACGUGUCUGGUUCAGAAGAAGAUGCAAUGUAAACAAAAACAAACAUCUCCAUAUGGAAAUGCCAAUCACCAAAUGGCCGCCACUUACGUCAUCGCCGGCACCACCACCACUGGUCUCAUCACAAAUCCUCGCCGUAGCUCCUCUUCAACUGCACUUGACUUUACCCAAAAUCUAUCUUGCCGUGGCCCAACUUUGAAAACAUUUAGGCCAAUAUAUGCUUCUGUAUCUGCUUCGCCAGCACCGGUGACUAAGCCCGAUGACCUAGUCGAUUCCAUUCUCUCCAAGGUUAUGCAAACAGAUCGAGGGGUUUUGCUUGCAAGGGAUGAGCACAAAAAGGUAGCCGAAGUGGCUCAAGAACUGCAACGUUUCUGUGUGGAUGAACCUGUGAAAUGCCCUCUUAUAUUUGGAGAAUGGGAUGUAGUGUACUGUUCAAAUCCCACUUCACCUGGAGGCGGCUAUCGGAGUGCAUUUGGUCGCCUUUUCUUCAAAACGAAUGAAAUGAUUCAGGUUGUUGAAGCCCCUGACAUUAUCAGGAACAAAGUAGCCUUUUCACUUUUUGGUUUCCUUGAUGGUGAGGUUUCCUUAAAAGGAAAACUGAACGUUCUAGAUGAAAAAUGGAUUCAAGUUGUGUUCGAGCCGCCUGAACUCAAGGUAGGGGGCCUAGAUUUUCAGUAUGGUGGUGAGAGUGAAGUUAAACUAGAGAUCACAUACAUUGAUGAGAAGAUCAGGUUGGGAAAGGGCUCAAGAGGUUCCUUGUUUGUGUUUCAAAGACGCAAACCUUGAAAUGCUAGUCUUUCGAGUUACUUUUCCUUACACUAUACACCCAAUUCUAUGUACAAACAUAUCGUAGAAAGUGACGCACAAAUUGGAACAUUGUUCAAAGAGAACCCGUCGUGUUAUUCUGGAUGUGUAAUUUAAAGCCGUCACCAACUUCCAGCCUUUGGAAUCAAACUUACCAAACUCAAAAGGGAAAUGAAAUGAUCCUUGCAUCUC